AUGUCCAUGGUCCAAGGGGUGGUGGGGUCGAACCACGGUGUGGACACGCGUGUGGGCGGCUCUAACACGCGUGUUCUUGGCGUGUCCUCCCUUGUAGUGACCUCGGCGGUGGUGGGGGACACGCGUGUGGUCGGUGGCAUGGACUGUGAGCCCCAUUCGCAACCAUGGCAAGUGGCCAUCUUGGACAUGUACAAGCUCUACUGCGGUGGUGUCCUGGUGGACAAGGAGUGGGUGGUGACGGCGGCUCAUUGCACCACACCAGGGAUCACCAGUGUCCACAUGGGCAAACACAACCUGUACACGCGCGAGAGCGGGGAGGUGCAGAAGAUGGUGCAGAAGAUGGUGGCUCACCCCAGCUACGACCCCACCACCAAGGACAACGACAUCAUGAUGAUGAAGCUCCUGACGCCCGUCACCGUCACUGAAAGGAUCAAGCCCAUCUCGGUGGCCUCCUGCCUGCCCCAGCCUGGGACCACCUGCACCACGUCGGGAUGGGGAGCCACGACCUCCCCUGAAGGUACCCAAGUGGCUCCAGAGGCUCUUAUGGAGGGCUUGGAGGUUCUUAUGGAGGUCUUGGAGGGCUUGGAGGUUCUUAUGGAGGUCUUGGGGAUUGUUAUGGAGGGGAUGAAGGUUCUUAUGGAGGUCUUGGAGGUUCUUAUGGAGGUCUUGGAGGUUCUUACGGAGGCGAUGGAGGUUCUUAUGGAGGUCUUGGAGGUUCUUGUGGAGAUCUUGGAGGUUCUUAUGGAGGUCUUGGAGGUUCUUAUGGAGGGGAUAAAGGUUCUUAUGGAGGGGAUGAAGGUUCUUAUGGAGGUCUUGGAGGUUCUUACGGAGGGGAUGGAGGUUCUUAUGGAGGGGAUGGAGGUCUUCAUGGAGGGGAUGGAGGUUCUCAUGGAG